AUGGAUGAUUCCCCGUAUGAGCUUCGUCUCCCUUCGCCAAAUGAACACCCUUCUUCUCCUCCUGAAGGUUUUGUCACUGUCUUUAGGGAUCAAAUCUUAGGCGGCCUUCGCUUUCCUUUACAUCCUUUCUUCUCCGAGUUGUGUCAGUAUUGCGGCAUCGGCAUUUCUCAGUUUGCCCCUAAUGUAUUUCGAGUCGUCUGCGGAGUCAUCAUCUUGUGCCGCAUUUAUCAAAUUCCCUUGACCGCUCAACUAUUCCAUCAUUUCUAUUCCUUCAGGCGGGCCGAGCCGGGGGUGUUCAACGUACAGGUCAAGCCGGGCUAUAAAUUUUUUGAUGACUUACCUUCUUCCAAUAAAGGCUGGAGAUCUCGCUUUUUCUUUCUUAAGCCCCCCGUCCCUUUAUCUGGGCCUCCCCAAUGGCGUUCCAUCCUUCCUUUGGACUUUCUUUCACAUGUUCAUGAACCUGCCUGCUCCACAGCCUCGGACAAGCUGACCGGUGUUGUUGUUCGCUUGUCCGUGCUGAUACUAGAAGGUAUUCUGUGCGCUUUUGGUCUUAGCCCUGUUUCAACAGAAAUCGGAGCUCCUUUUGGUAAGUUGCUAUUUUUUAUAUGCCGUUCUUCGCUAACUGAGGUGCUUUUUCCUCUUAUUUUUGUAAUGGUUACCAUUCUCCGUUCUUUUGCCAGUCAGGAGAAACCAUCUGUGGUCGUUCUGCAAGCUCUGAACGAAGAGUUAACACAAGGUCUAUCUUCUGAUCCCGCUGCUUCCGUCGGUCUGCAGCCUUUGGAACCCCAAACCUCAGAUGCGGUAGCCACCUCGACACUUAUUGAACCACCUGCCCCCAGCCCUGCAGACUCAGCCCUACUCCGAGUCUCUGAUCGACCUGCAACUGAGCCAUCGCCAGCAGGACAAGUGCCCUCUCCCCCUCCUACUAUGAAGUUGCGUCUUGCGAGCAAGGGCAAAAGACUGGCGCCGGUCACCACGACUUCUCCUCCACCCCCUCGCCGUCAACGUGUAGUUGGUAUCUCUUCUCCUUCUAGGUCCUCAGAUACAAGCUUGGCCCAGGAGAAGGCCUCUGAUCUAGGAAUUGUAGACCUGUUAUUGGACAUGACAGCUCUGCGAGAGAAUGCGGUGCUUAAGGCCCGUCUUCGGGAACUAGAGCCUCCUGUGGCUUCCUCAACUCCUCCUGAGCCUUCACUUGGAAAUUUGGAUGUCUAUCUGCGUGCUGCUGGGGAAUCUGCGGCCUCUGCCCGAGCCAUCUCCCAUGCCGCCUUCGAUAAGCUACAAAAGUUGGAGGCGGCUUUAAAGACAAGUGAAUCCUCAUUGGCUUCUGAAGCGGAGCGCCAUCGAGCGACAGUUUCUGAACUGAAAAAUAAAGAGGUAGAGCUGCUUUCCCGAUCAGCUGAGUUGACACUGUUACGACAAAGUCAGGAGCUCCUGCAAAUGGGACUGGCCGAUGCCCAGGCUCUGGCUCGUGCUUCCGCUGCCCGGGAGUCUUUGCAAGCAGAUCUCUUGAAGGCCCAGGAAGCAGCAUCUCAGGGCCAGAGCGACUUAUUCGUGGCCUGCGCUGAGGCUGCCGAGAACAAAAACAGCUUGGAAGUGUACCAGGCUGGCGAACCAGGGCGGCUGAAAGCCUACAGACUGGCCUAUAUCCGCUCUUCCUUAUUCCUCCGAAAGUUGGGGAGCUGGAUGAUCUUGCUGCUAUGUCACGGGGCCGCUGGCGGGGUCAGACAGGCAUUCGAGCAAGGUUUUCUACGCUCGACACCUCCUGCCACUUUUCUGGACACAGCUCGCUUAUCUAGGGAAUUGCCGCAGGAAACUUUUCCUUCCUUUGAAGCGGAUGAUGGACUUUUCCCCCUUGAGGCUCCUCCCCUUUCGGCCGACCAGACUUCCAUUUAUAUUUCUGCCCAGGGUCUUUCUGCUACUGUUCCUGAAGCGUCUGCUGAUCUUGCGUCUUCCUCCAUAGUGCUGGCCGAACCCGUGCUCCUUCCGUUAGUAUCCAAUGACCCUGCACCCUCUUCCCCGGAUGUUGCGUAG